AUGGAGCUGCCCCUCACCCCUCACCUCACCCUACCCCUGUUGCUCCUGGCAGGGCUCUGCUCCCCCUUCAACUUGGACGCUAGUCAUCCCCGACUAUUUCCAGGACCACCAGAGGCCGAGUUUGGAUACAGUGUCUUACAGCAUGUGGGGGGAGGACGUCGAUGGAUAUUGGUGGGUGCCCCUUGGGAUGGACCUUCAGGGGACAGGAGAGGAGAUGUUUAUCUCUGCCCUGUGGAGGAAUGGCCUAAUGCCUCAUGUGCCAAGGGCCAUCUGGGUGACUAUCCACUAGGAAACUCAUCAAGUCGGGCUGUGAACAUGCACCUUGGGAUGUCACUGCUGAAAAUAGAUGCGGAUGGCGGGUUCAUGGCCUGUGCCCCGCUGUGGUCUCGUGCCUGUGGUACCUCAGUGUUCAGCUCUGGGAUCUGUGCCCAAGUGGAUGCCUCAUUCCGGCCCUGGGGGAGUUUAGCUCCUACUGCCCAGCGCUGCCCUACAUACAUGGAUGUGGUCAUUGUCCUGGAUGGUUCCAACAGCAUCUACCCCUGGGCUGAGGUUCAGACUUUCCUGCGCAGAUUGGUGGGGAGGCUGUUCAUAGACCCUGAACAGAUUCAGGUUGGGCUGGUUCAGUAUGGGGAGACUGCUGUCCAUGAAUGGUCACUUGGAGAUUUCCGGACCAAGGAAGAGGUCGUGAGGGCUGCAAGGAAUCUGAGCCGGAGAGAAGGACGAGAAACCCACACUGCGCAGGCAAUAAUGGUGGCUUGCACAGAAGGAUUCAGUCCUUCCCGAGGGGGCCGGCCAGAGGCUGCCCGGUUGCUAGUUGUUGUCACAGAUGGGGAAUCUCAUGAUGGAGAGGAGCUUCCAGCAGCACUCAAAGCCUGUGAGGCUGGCAGAGUGACCCGAUAUGGGAUUGCGGUCCUGGGCCACUACAUCCGAAGGCAACGGGAUCCCAGCUCCUUCCUUCGGGAAAUCAGGACCAUUGCUAGCGAUCCAGAUGAGAGAUUCUUCUUCAAUGUCACGGAUGAGGCUGCACUGACUGACAUUGUGGAUGCCCUGGGGGACCGGAUCUUUGGACUGGAGGGUUCCCAUGGGGAGAACGAAAGCUCCUUCGGACUAGAGAUGUCUCAGAUUGGCUUCUCUACUCAUCAGCUAAAGGAUGGGAUCCUCUUUGGAAUGGUGGGGGCCUAUGACUGGGGAGGCUCAGUGCUGUGGCUAAAAGAGGGCCACCGACUCUUUCCACCCCGGACAGCCCUAGAGGAUGAAUUCCCUACCGCACUGCAGAAUCAUGCUGCUUAUCUGGGUUACUCAGUUUCCUCCCUGAGCCUCCUGGGUGGACGACGAUUGUUUCUCUCAGGAGCCCCUCGUUUUAAACAUCGUGGAAAAGUCAUCGCUUUCCAGCUCAAGAAAGAUGGGGCUAUGAAUGUUGCCCAGAGCCUUCAGGGGGAGCAGAUUGGCUCCUACUUUGGCAGUGAACUCUGCCCCCUGGACACAGAUGGUGAUGGGGUGACAGAUGUUCUGCUUGUGGCUGCCCCUAUGUACCUGGGACCUCAGAACCGAGAGACAGGACGAGUAUACGUCUACCUAGUGGGCCAGGUAGGUAGGCCUGUGCUGAGCUUCUGGAGAACGCUACAGCCAGAGCCACCCCAGGAUUCCCGUUUUGGCUUUGCGAUGGGUGCCCUGCCUGACCUAAACCAGGACGGCUUUGCAGAUGUGGCUGUGGGAGCGCCCCUAGAAGAUGGACACAGAGGAGCUCUAUACCUCUAUCAUGGGACCCGGGGUGGCAUCCGGCCCCGUCCUGUGCAGCGCAUUUCAGCUGCCUCCAUGUCUCAGCCACUCAGCUACUUUGGUCGAAGCGUGGAUGGACGACUGGACCUCGAUGGGGAUGAGCUGGUGGACGUGGCCGUGGGGGCCCAGGGGGCCGCCGUGCUGCUCAGCUCCCGGCCCAUCAUCCACCUGGCUCCAUCCCUGACCGUGAGCCCUCCGGCGGUCAGCGUUGUCCAGCGGGAUUGCCACCGACACGGCCAGGAGGCCGCCUGCCUGACCGCCGACCUCUGCUUCCGAGUGACCUCCCACACGCCCGGGCGCUGGACUCGCCGCUUCUAUAUCCGAGUCUCUGCCUCGCUGGAUGAGUGGACCACUGGGGCCCGGGCGGCAUUCGAUGGCUUUGGCCAGAGGCUGCCCACCCGGCGGCUGAGGGUCAGCGUGGGGAACGUCACCUGUCAGCAGCUGCACUUCCACGUGCUGGAUGCAUCCGACUACCUCCGGCCAGUGGCCCUCACCGUCGCCUUCGAGCUGGAUAACAGUACAAAGCCUGGGCCUGUGCUGGGCCAGGACUCGCCCACUUCCCUUCAAAAGCUGGUCCCCUUCUCCAAGGACUGCGGCCCUGAUAAUGAAUGCAAUACUGACCUGGUCCUCCAGGUGGACAUGGACAUCAGGGGCUCCAGGAAAAAGCCAUUUGUGGUUCGAGGUGGGCGGCAGAAGGUGCUCGUGUCAGCGGCUCUUGAGAACAGAAAGGAAAAUGCCUACAACACUAACUUGAGCCUCAGUUUCUCCAAAAGCCUCCACCUGACGAGCCUCACACCUCAGAAGGACGCCGCUGUGAAGGUGGAGUGUACGGCGACGUCCUCCCAUGCCCAGCUCUGUAGUGUGGGGCACCCCGUUUUCCAGGCUGGGGCCAAGGUGACCCUGGCCCUGGAGUUUGAAUUCAGCUGCUCGGCUAUCCUGGGCCAAGCCCUCGUGAGGCUGGCAGCGUCCAGCAACAGCCUGGAGUCCAACGAGACCUUGCAGGAUAACGUGGCCCAGGCCGCUGCCUACCUCCACUACGAGCCGGAGCUCCUGGUCUCCAGUGAGUCCACGCUGCACCGAUAUGAGGUUCACCCAUAUGGGGUCCUCCCCGAGAGUCCUGGCCCUGAGUUCAAAACCACCCUCAGGGUACAGAACCUUGGCUGCUAUUCCCUCCCCGGCCUCGUGGUUUCUGCCUUCUUUCCAGCCGUGGCCCAUGGGGGUAGCUACUUCCUGUCCUUGUCCCAGAUUAUCACCCACAAUGCCAGCUGCACGGUGCAGAACCUGACGGAGCCCUCGAUGGCGCCGAUGCACUCGGAGGACCUGCGGCAGGCCAGCCGGCUGAACGGCAGUAACACCUGGUGCCAGGUGGUGCGGUGCCACCUCGGACGCCUGCCUCGGGGGUCCGAGAUCUCCGUGCAGUUCCUGAGGCUCAUCCACGACGAAUUCUUCCGAAGGGCCAAGUUCAAAUCGGUCACUGUGGUCAGCAGCUUUAAACUUGGGGUUGAGGAGGGCAGCGUCCUGCAGCUGACGGAGGCCGCCCAGGGGAGCGAGAGCCUCUUGGAGAUAAUCCAGGCCCGCCACGUUCCUGUCUCAUUAUGGAUCCUUGUUGGCAGUGUCCUAGGAGGGCUCUUGUUGUUGGCCCUCAUUGUUUUCUGCCUCUGGAAGCUUGGAUUCUUUGCCCGAAAGAAAGCACCUGAAGAAGAUGGAAAUGAGAAAGUGGAUCAAUGAGGCUGGCAGAAGGCCCACAAAUGCCUCUUCUGUGGUGGUCCCUGAGACUUGAAGAGAGGCAGGGGGAACGGGCCCGGCUGGGACAAAAGGAUGCCCCUGGGCCUCUCCUCCAAACUCCACAGCCCAGUCUGACUCCUGUGUCUUAGGGAGGCUUCUGUGAAGAAGUGAGGCCCAGCCUCAGCCAAGAAUAACCCUGCCACAGGCCAGCCUCCCAGCCCAUCUGACUCUCCCUGUGAUCCUGCUCUGGGGCCUGCACCAAGGCCUUUGUUGGGCUGCACCAUUCCCAGGAGGUUUCCUGGAGAGAAAAGGCUCAUGACCAUCCCUCUGGUCAAGCUGAGACCUCUC